GGACAGAAUCUUCGUGACAUCGCAGGUCAAUCAGAUCAUUCAACAACGAUAACUGAACUCUUCCAAGCCCGUCAACACCAUGUCUACGCCUUUAUUGGGCCCAUCUUGCCCUUAUAUUCCAGAUUUCCCUUGCUCCCAUAGCUCGUUUCCAUCAUGACAGACACAGACAUCUCCACAUCUUCGUUCUUCACCACAAGCUCUCCAACAAAACCUCAACGACAAUGUCUACACCUCGCAGCACCCGUCCCCUCCUCAUGCCCCAAAUCGCAAAAAUCAUCGUGGGCCAUCUACAGAAUCCCGCAGAUCUCAAAAGCAUUUCGCUUGUCUGCCGGUCUCUCAAUGCUGCCGUGCGACCCCAUCUUUUUCGGUGCCUGAUUUUCCCCAGAUUCGAAGUGUCGACGCCAGAUCCUUCCAAACCUCUUGCCUACCCACUCAGCCUGGACUACACUCACGACGGAAACCCCGGUAUUGACUGCAGUUUUACUAGACUUGCGCGCUCUUUGACAAUCCCCAGAGACAUAGCAGCUGCCCAUAUACUAUCGGUUGGAAAAUUGCCCAGGGCCCAGGAAAUAGCACGGUAUCAACUCGAGUCUCUUCCAGUGUACCGAGCCAUUAGAUGGUACUUGAAACGCACACCUCUUCUAGAGCACUUUGAGCCCCUCGGUGUACCUCGAAUAGUCCAUCAGUUUCUACUGUUGUGGGACUGCGUUCCCAAAAUCAGAUCGAUCAAAUUGGAGGCAAGGGGAGAUGUUAGAGAGGAGCAAUUCGUAGACUCCGUAGGCAGAACCUGGGCUGAAGAUCGGCCGGAAUUCAUUGAAACCCCAGAAUGGUCUCUUUUGGGAACUCGAACCUAUAUCGUACCAGCAUCUCGUCUUAGCUUUCCGCAUCUUACUAUUCUGGCUUUGCAUGGGAUUCCGUUCGAUGAAGCUCGGCGCCGUUACCUUGCUAUACGAACACCCUCAACCAGACUCCGGGAACUGGUGUUGUUGCUCAAAGGUACGCCCCAUUUAAGUUGUCUUGAACUCAGUACCAGCGUUCCUGGCGUCGAAGGGGAACGGGGCGCACUGAUGCAAGUACUUUGUCACGACUAUGACCAAGCUGGAGGCAAGAUUCUUGAGAAACUGCGAUAUAUCAAGCUCGGAAACGGUUUUGAGCUAUAUUUUCCGAAGGAGCCCGACCCCGAGUACUAUUAUCUUGACCCUGCACAGUUCCUGGGUAAUCUGCUGGAUUUUUCUAGACUUGAAGAGCUGCACUUACAGUAUGACGACUGUCCAGUUGAUCUCCCACCAUGCUGCCAACCAACCUUCACCGCUGUUCGUCUUACUUUCAACACCCAUAUGGCGAGCAAGUUGAUUAACCCCAUCCGUCUUCCCCGCUUGCGAAAACUUACAUUGCCCUGGGCUGAAAGCUACACUUGGAAAAUGAUCUCCGACUAUUCGGGAUUUGCCCUGAAACAAAACCUGGUUGUUCACUUCUUUGAUGAAAGUCAUCUUCAUUUUCGUAAAUCGAGACCACGCGUGGGUCCAUAUCCAUACUUAUGGCGUGGUUACAACGGGUUCUGGGUAUACCCUUUAUCCGGCUUGGUCCUGCCAACAAGCAGCAUGUCCCGCCCGGAGGAUGACUUUUCUAGUCCCUUAAGGAUUGCCACAUUGAGGUUUUUCAAAACAAUACUUCCUCCUUUGUGUACAUUUCGUGGGUUUUGUCCCUAUGAUGAAACACGUGACAAAUGCCAGACCAACAUAUCGAACAUUAACAUGAUUAGCUGGCGCUUAAGACGUAUCCGAAACCUCCGGGAGCUUUGGCUCGCGGGAGACAGUCGCCACGAGCCACACAAACGUACGGUUGAGCACAUCCGAUCCCAUCACAACUUACAAAUUGAGCAUUUGGCCAUGGACUUCAUCCAGCGAUUUCGUAAAUUGGAAUACAUCAGGAUCCUGGACCGAGCAUGGCGGAUCGCGAGGAGAGAUGAUGCUGACGACGACGACAACGACAGCGAGGAGGAGGACGGGUGCUCUUGUGACGAUGAUGUGGAAGGAGAGGAAAGAACGGAGGCAGUGGCGCGGGAGCUGAGUCCCUGGGAGGUGGAGAAUGACAUACCGGAAGCGUUCGAUUACCGCACGCCGAGUCUAUUUAGGGGGAGGCAGUACUGAGCAGGUGUCACCUUCCUCUCUUACGAAGGAAGCGGUGACGUUGGGGUCCAGGUCAUCGCACACUUCUCCCGCAGCUUUGAGGUAUCUCAGUACCGCCCAGGUCAGGUGCUACAUGAGAAGCGCGUGGGGGAAAGGAAAGAGGAGA